AUGGCAGAGUCGCCUAAGGGCUAUCCAGAGCGACCUCCUCUCAUUGGCCCUGGCACUGGUGCAGCGUUGCCCGAACGACUGGUAUCCAAUGCAAUGUACACGUUGCUGCAUGCACAGAUGGUGGUAUCCCUGCGAGACACUUUCGGCCCUGAUGGGGCAGAAGACAAGUUGAGAAGACUCGGAUUUACGACUGGUGUCCGGCUCAUAACCCGCCUGGCAGGGUCACGCUUUCCGAUGACCAACGAGCGCAUGAUCAUGAAGUACGUUUGCAAGGAGCUUUGGACAUACCUGUUCCAUCAGCCUGCUAGCAGACUGCAGGCAGACAAGCAUGGUGGCUACAUCAUUAUCGAUCAUUCCUUUCGUUGGCUGGAGGGCUUUGCGGGCAGCAGUUCGGAGGUCUCCGAGACACAGCAGCUGGCUUUGCUCCACUUGGCGCUUCCUUGUGGGCUGCUUCAAGGUGUGCCAUUUGCUGAGCUGGUGACUCCUCUAUGGAGAAAUAUUGCGAAAAUGCUGCAAAUUAAUUGA